AUGGGGACUACUACUACAGGAGUUGUUCAGAGUUUUAGAUGUUACAGAUGUGGAGGCCCACAUAUGAUGAGGGAUUUUCCUACAAAGGACUAUGUGUGUUUUAAAUGUGGCAAGGUGGUUCACAUGGCUAAGGAUUACAAUGUAAGAAAUAAUCAAGCUAGAGGAAACCAGAAAGUGGAUCGGCCUACUGCAGCAGGUUGUGUUUUUUCUUUAACAGGUGCUGAAGCUGAAACAUCAUCUGAGCUGGUAAAGGGAAAGGGCAAAGCUGAUGGUAAUGAUAUUUCUAUUCUAUUUGAUUCUGGUGCUUCACAUUCUUUGAUUUCUUAUGAAUGUGUGGCAAGGUUAAAUUUGGUUGUGAGUUCAUUGUGUGUGUAUCUAGUCGUUUCUACCCCAGCUUCAGGGUCUGUUUUAACUUCUGAGGAGAGAUUUAUUUCUAGUGGACAGGUGGAUCAGUUGUUGAAGUGUGGAGCUCUUGGGUUUAUGAUCCUAUCUUUUAUCAGUUUAGAGAAUGAAAAUUUGUUAAAUAGUAUUGAUGUUGUUAGAGAUUUCCUAGAGGUUUUUUCAGAUGAUGUUUCAGGGUUACCACCAAAACAAGAGUUGGAGUUUAGUAUUGAUCUUACAACAGGGGCAAGACCAGUGUCUAUUUCUCCUUAUAGAAUGGCACAAGCGGAGUUGUCUGAAUUGAAGAAGCAGAUUGAGGAACUUUUGGAGAAACAGAUGAUCAGACCUAGUGUGUUUCUGUGGGGAGCACCCGUGUUAUUGGUAAAGAAGAAGGAUGGUGGUGUGAGCUUAUGUGUGGAUUAUAGGCAGUAA